AUGGCCCCUUCGCCGGCUCCUCACGAAAGGAGUACGUUUGCUACCGAACGCCCUGCUCCUUCGACAUCUUCUACAUCGCCGCCUGCGCGGAACGCGGUGCCUUCACAGCCCAGGAGUCAACUCCCAGGCGCAUCAACGGCCCAGCCCUCCGGCAACGGCAGCCCAAAGUCUGAUAAUGCCACGACAAGCAAAUCUCCCAACGCAUCUCGAAAGGAUGCCGGUCACCCCAAGAUUGUCGUUAAGAAAGAGCCAGUCUCGCCUGGUCUACCCGCCUCAAGACCCCGGCCCAGACGGCUGGAUUUGUCUAAAAACACUCUGGCUGGAUCCAAUCCUUCCUCAGCCCAUCCAAUGACGGCCCGCGACGGACUAGGAAUCCAAGAAGUAGGCAUUGCCUGUCUUUCCCCCGGAUUUAUGACACAGGAUCCUGUGAUGAAGGAACAACUUCAGCGAAGCAUGACGGUCCGGGAACAGCAGCGAAGCCUCAUCGAAGCAAGACUGCAGCUGCAGCAAUCCGCCAAGGGAGAUGGCCCAUCUGAAAAGGAAAAGGAAUCGCCCUUCGCCGCCAAGACACCGGGCAUGUCUCGUAGAAAUAAGGCGCCCCCCGGGCUCUCCAUUGUUGCACCCUCACAUCAGCAGUUUGCAAACGAAAGAGUGAUUCAAUCUGCGCCCCUUGGCCGCAGCUUUACCGGACAACAUAUGCCACCUACAAGACAAGCGCAUAACCAGGCUUCUAACCUUUCAGGCUCCUCCCACAUCAACCAUGUUCAUGCCAACCAGACCACAAACCGGCUACCUCCCAUCAGUGAUGUCUUUGGCCAGAAUCUCUCAGCUCAUCCGGACAAUGGACCACACACCUCCGCCCUCUACCCUAACCACGCGAUGUCACGGCCCCAAUUGUCUCCUGGCCUCCCCCCAGCUCACCAAGCGCCUAUGUCUGGUCGCCUGAGAGAGUACAAGUCCGCAGAAGAGGCCCAGCAUGAAUUGGCUGGUGGACGACCGGAAUUGCUACCUAGACUCGUCCACUACGGCGGUCAUCAACCUCCAACGCCUCCCUCUCCCGUUGCUGGCGGAAACCGUAAUCCAGAGGCCCAUCGAAGCACAAGCCGGAGGCGAACACGAGCCGAAUAUGAGGAAGGCAGCAGCCCUCCGCUGGGCUAUGGUCCCGCCCCUACACGACGUGGCCCCUUUGGUGCCGGCCGUGACAGCCCCGAAACGCAACGAGCCAAGAAGGAGGAAUUUCUGCAGCUGUGUGCUAGAGCCUGGGAUCUGUUCCAUUCAUAA